AUGAAUGUGGGCGUCUCGUAUGCGACAGUGAACAACACUAGCGGCGCAGAUGUCCCCAAGGUAUCUUCUUCCGCCGGGCACCAGCCGAAACACAACCGCCAGCAGGUGCUGGAGAUCCGCAAGGCGCGCAUGGCUUUCUUCAAGUCCUACGAAACAGAGCGACCGGAGGAUAUACCGAAUCUGAUGGAGUGCAGCCACUUCGGUGCGACGGCCGUGGCUCUCUCGUGCCUGCUGGGCGGCGAGAAGGGCUGCAGCGACCGAAAGAAGCGCGUCACAGUUGAGGACAUAUUCUUUGCGGCGCACGUGCCGCUGCAUUACCUCCACGGCGGCGUGCAGUCGCUGCCGGUGAUGACGGACAUCAUUCGUGAGUUCAUCGAUGUCGACAACCGCUUCAAGAACGAGUACGGCCUCUCGGUAAUGCACUUUGAUAUCUCGCCAACGCUCGGCCAGGUGGAGCUUGGCGGCAACGACGUUGGCGACCGCCAGACGCGCAUGCAGCUGCCGGAGUUCAGCAAACUUAUUACCCACGACUGCGAGGAGGAGACUCAGGCAAUCCGCAUCGUCAACUACGACCCGUACGUGCUGGAGCAAGAGACCUUCGUGGAUGCCUUCGACGACGAGGAGGACGUGAACUGCGCUCUGACGGCGUCGGUGCUCGUGAGCCCGCGACACCGUGCCCUCCACUACAAUAAAAACAAUAAUGGUGCCUACGCCGUCAUUGUGGACGUGCGCAACGUUGUGCAGCUGAUGGUGACGCUUGCGGAGGGCGUUGUAGGCGACACGUUGCAUGUGAAGCUGAUGGAAGUUCCGGCAGCGGCGCUCUUUAAGGCGAUGACGGUCGCAAGGGAGGGCGAACGUGCACGUGGCUUCGUUCGUAUAUUCCGCAAGGACAGUGUACCAGUGAUGAUUCAGGACGAGGUGCAGUCCAUGUUCACGCCGGAGAUGCAAAGCGGGAAGGUGCUCGGCUCAACGCUGCAGGGCACGCACGCCUCCGUCAUCUCCACCCACAUCAGCCCGCACAUUGUUGCUGUUGCGUGGGCGAUGCACCUGCUGGGCGGCGUGCGGCCCAACUCGCACGGCUACGGCAAUGGGCUGCCGGUGUCGGACAUCAUCCGCAAGAUGCGGUUCCCCGCGGAGGUGUUCAUCGACGGCAGCCUGCCGCUGGAGGAGGUGUUCAAGUACGCGCGCGAGUAUAUUUGCAUGACCAACCGCAACUACAACAUCGCCGUGUACCCGGUGUUGACGAAGAUCUCACGUGAGGAUGCGGUGCCAACCAUCUCUGUUUUCGAUCUGGAGUCCAUCAUCAUCGACGUCAAGAACGCCAACGAGGACCCGGAGGUGCCGGAGCAUAUUAUGGUCAUCAUGUAUAACGCCAACGUGGCGCAUAACGUGCUGAACAUCUCCAGCUACCCGCAGUGGUGCGUGCUCGCCGGCUACGACCAGGAGACACAGAUGGUGAUGCUGCUCGACGCCCACCCCAAGACAUUCCUCCACACCUGGACGUGCCCCCUCGACCGCCUCCACAAGGCUAUGACGUCAAAUGGCUACAUCAUAUUCUCCAAGUCGCGCGAGGUGGCAUCACGCAACAAGUCAAGUGAAAGCAGCACGUGUGGCGGCUCGCAGAUGCUUGGCUUUGUGUCGGAGCCGGCGCUCGUAGGGGCCCCGCGCCGCAUCGCGUCGACGGUGCAGAACCGUCUCGAGUUGCUGCAGGGACAGGAGACGCUUGAGGUGGCACCCAUUGAAUUCGUCAAGACGUUCCGCUUCCCAUCGCUGCCGCUGAGCUCGACGAUGAUAGCGCUUGCGCUGACAAAGUUAGGCGUCCUCACGACGUUUGAGGACGUCAUCAUGACGCUGCCGUUCGAGAUCUCCGCCUUGAUGUUGCGUUACUUCACCCUGGAGGCGAUGGCGAUCUGCAUGGCAAAGUAUAUCAAGCUCGUUGACCUCACAAUGGAUGUACGAACGUGCCACACCGACAAGUGCGGCAGCGGCGACGAGCCACGGCUGCCGCUGGAGGGCUUCAAGUCUCUCGUCAGUGAGGGCGUGGCAGACAACAACAAGGCACUCAUCGUGCUCUUCAACAACGAGCGCAUCGAUGUCUUCGGCGAUCUACACCCGUUCGGCUCCACCGGACUCAUCGUUGGCUACAGUGCCAAGACGGAGAGUGUCACGGUGAUGGACAGCAACCCUAACAGCUACUUCCGCACGUGGCCGGUCCCGCUCACCGCACUCUACGAGGCUCUGCAGGACAAGGACACGAAGCAUCGCCGCUGCGGAUGUCUUGUGCUGACACGCCGCAAUGGACCAUGCGAGUCAUUGUUUCCGCCGGAGUACUCGCGCGAAUGCCGCCUGCACAUCCUACCGGUGCAAAACGUCUUCCAUGUGAGUCCGUCGCCGCACUUCCAGGCGCUCUCCUUCGCCUUUGCGCAGCUCGGCUUCGUCUACUCACCGGAGGAGAUCUUCUACGAGGCGUACCUCAAGACAAUGAACGACCAGCGGCGGCGCGGCAGCCAGGCGUUCGCGUGGCGUGACGUGGACGUGUCGCUCUCUGUGAUCAACAAGCAGAUCGACGCCCGCUUCCUGGCGCAGGUGUGCCGAAUGUUCCUUGAGUCCCGCAACCCGCAAAAGACGGGCAAAGCAAACCUGCUGAGGCGUACAGGCGGCGACGGCGGCAGUGGCAACACCACCGGCGAGGAGGCGAGCACGAUCCAGGUGGAGCUGCUCGACGACGUGGAUGUGGAGGACCUCGACAGAGUUCUAAAAGAGGCGACACAAGUCGAAGGCAACAACUCGGUGCUGCUGCUCAACUACGACACUGCCAAGGCGCAUGACGUGGAGCACUGGGGCCGCAGUGUCGCGAUGGUGAAGUCGUACAACCCCGACACAGGGCUGGUGGAGAUGUGGGAGGGUGAGUACGCCGUCUUCGGCUUUCUCUGGACGGUCGACCUCGCGAAGCUCGUCGAGAUCGGCGACCUGCAAAAUGAGGGCCGCAGCGCCUACGGUUUUGUGAAACUCGAGCGCGUGCGUGAGCGCACGACGAAGAAGAAGUUGGCGCUCAUGCGGCCGCCUGACGUCGACACCGACGACGACGACGCGGCGCCACAAGGCGGACCGACCCUGCGGCGCAACCGCGAGAUGGUGACGAAGUUUCUCCCCGAGGNCAGCGGCGACGCCGCCCAGUAG